UCUUCGGAUUCGUUCUUCUAUCUGCAAUAAUUCAUCGAUCCGUUUGUUUCCGAGCAUAAACUUCACUUUUGCUGUUGUUAGUUUUUCACUGCUGUCAAAUGACAAUGGAUGGUCCAACCUGCGAUUAAACUAACUUUGAAAGUCACGAAACGAAAAGGACGUGUGUGCGUGUGUUUGUGUGCGUAUGUGUAGUGUGUGCGUGCAUGAAAGAAAAUUAGCAAGAUCAGCCAGUGAGGAAGCAAAUCUAAAGAAAACGAGUUCGUUUCCUUCUCGACAUAUUCCGCCCGUCUUUGUGAACUUUGUACACGCGAGUUGAAGUAAAUCAUUCGCAAACUGCACAAUUUGUCGUCGCCGCAAAGGCCGCGUAUCGCCGAAAUAGCGAGUCGUGUUCGUGUCGCACAAUUGUUCUAUACGAUUGAAGGAGUGUGAGCGCGCACGUGUGUGUGUGUGCGUGCGUAGUUGUCAUUUUCGUUGCGGGAAUCGGCAGAAAUUUUCUUGUGGCUGAAAGAAAUCGAGCUCGCCUCAUAGUGUGAAUUACACGUACUUGUCUCCAGUUAAAACGCAUUCUUCCUAAAGGAUAUUUGUGUUUUCUACAAAAUAAACACACGCUACGAGCCUUCAAUAAUCGGUCAGGCGAAUAGCGAAUCAUCACACAAAGUGUCACCGUGUGUUUUUCGUUGCGUGUGAUUUCAGCAGCCACAACAACAAUUCGUAGUUUGAUUUCUACUUGCUACCUGUGUGGGAUAAGCCAACGCUCAUCAGAAUGGCGUCUUAUCAGAUAGCAAAUCUGUUGGAGAAGAUGACGUCCAAUGAUAAAGACUUUCGCUUCAUGGCCACUAACGAUCUGAUGACGGAGCUACAGAAGGACAGCAUCAAACUGGAUGAUGAAUCGGAGAAGAAAGUCGUUCGAAUGGUGCUUCGUUUGCUGGAGGACAAGAAUGGUGAAGUGCAGAAUCUUGCCGUCAAAUGUCUUGGUCCACUGGUAAACAAAGUGAAGGAAAAUCAAGUGGAAACGAUAGUAGAUCUGCUGUGCGCCAACAUGGUGUCCAACAAUGAACAGCUGCGGGACAUUUCCAGCAUAGGGCUGAAGACGGUCAUAUCGGAGCUGCCGCAAUCGUCCAAUUCGCUCGUGCCGAACGUUUGCCAGCGUAUCACCGGCAAGCUUAGUGUGGCGAUUGAAAAGGAAGACGUUUCGGUGCAGCUCGAAGCACUGGACAUACUGUCAGAUCUGUUGUCACGCUUCGGCGACUUACUUGUUCCCUUUCACGAACUCAUCCUGAAGGCGCUGGUUCCGCAACUUGGUUCUGCCCGGCAAGCCGUUCGCAAGCGUACGAUAGUAGCGCUGUCGCACCUGUUGACCACCUGCAAUAACAACGCGUACAACAAGGUGAUCGAACAUUUGCUCGAUGGGUUGGAGAAACCCCAGAAUCCGGGCACCAUCCGAACAUACAUUCAAUGUCUGGCUGCGAUCUGCCGGCAGGCAGGACAUCGAUUGUGUAAUCACAUUGAACGCGUGAUGUUCCUGCUUAACCAGUACAGUUUGCGGGAUGACGACGAGUUGCGCGAGUUCUGUCUGCAGGCAUGUGAGGCAUUCGUGCAGCGCUGUCCGGAAGCUAUCAUACCGCAUAUACCCACGAUCGUUGAUCUUUGCCUCAAGUACAUCACGUAUGAUCCAAACUACAAUUACGAGGCAGAUGAUGGUGAUGGUGGUACCUCGAUGGAGAUGGAAGACGAUGAAGAAAUCGAUAGUGAAGAGUAUAGCGACGAUGACGAUAUGAGCUGGAAGGUACGCCGUUCAGCUGCCAAGUGUUUGGAGUCGGUCAUCUCAACACGUCACGAGCUGUUGGAAGAAUUUUACAAAACCCUUUCCCCGGCGCUUAUCGCACGCUUCAAAGAGCGCGAAGAAAACGUCAAAUCGGACAUUUUCCACGCAUAUAUUGCGUUGCUUAAAUCGACCCGUCCGAUGAGCGAUGAUAUUGGACACGAUCCCGACUCUAUGGAGCAGAUUCCUGGCCCGAUCAGUAUGCUAACGGAUCAGGUACCAACGAUAGUGAAGGCGGUACAACCCCUAAUGCGCGAAAAAUCGGUCAAAACUCGUCAGGAUUGUUUUCUGCUAUUGCGUGAACUGUUAAACGCACUGCCUGGAGCGCUUUCGAAUCAUAUCGAUCAGCUGAUGAACGGCAUACAUUACUCGCUGAAUGACAAAAACUCGACUUCUAACAUGAAGAUUGAUGCGCUUGGUUUUGUGUACUGCAUGCUGGUCGGUCACAAUCCACAGGUGUUCCACGCACACAUACAACUGCUCGUUCCACUCGUGGUAAACGCAGUGUUUGAUCCGUUCUAUAAAAUCGCUACGGAAGCAUUGCUCGUAUUGCAGCAGCUAGUGAAGGUAAUACGGCCACUCGAUAUGCAGACAUCGUUCGAUUUCACGCCGUACGUGAGUCAACUGUACACCAGCACAUUGCAGAAGCUUCGUUCACCUGAGGUCGAUCAAGAGGUGAAGGAACGGGCAAUCGCCUGCAUGGGUCAGAUCAUUGCCAAUAUGGGUGAUGUGCUGCAGCCGGAGCUAGUCACCUGUUUGCCACUGUUCAUGGAACGUCUGCGGAAUGAAGUGACACGACUGAGCUCGGUUAAAGCGCUCACCAUGAUUGCCGCAUCACCGUUGCGCGUUAACCUCAGUCCAAUCAUAGCGGAAGUAAUACCAGUGUUGGGAUCGUUCCUGCGCAAAAAUCAACGAGCGCUCAAACUCAAUUCGCUCACGCUGCUUGACACGCUGGUGACGCAUUACAGCCAAUUCCUGGAUCCAAUGUUACUGCGCAGUGCCGUGGCAGAGGUGCCACCACUGUUGAGCGAAUCGGAUCUGCACGUUGCACAGUUGUCGCUCGUGUUGCUCACCUCCGUGGCUCGCCAGCAGCCGGAAGCUCUAGUAGGCGUUCACGAACAGAUUCUACAAGAAGUGAUGACACUGGUGCGUUCGCCGCUGCUUCAAGGAACUGCAUUGAAUUGUACGCUGAAGCUGUUCCAGGCACUGGUACAAGCACAGCUGCCAGGAUUGAGCUAUCGCCAUCUGCUUGCGAUGCUAAUGAACCCAGUUUACAAUCAGCAACAGCACGGAGGCAGCCCUCUGCACAAGCAAGCGUACCAUUCGCUGGCAAAAUGCAUUGCCGCAUUGACGCUGCAGGUUCCGAACGAGGCGUUGACGGUGGCAGGGGAGUUUCUGCGAGAGAUACAAAACCGUCGCAAUGACUCGCAUCUCAUGUUCUAUCUGUUAACUAUCGGAGAAAUUGGACGACAUUUUAACUUGCACACCAUCGAUACGCUAGCACAGACGAUCUUGAACUGUUUCUCAGCCUCGUCCGAGGACGUAAAGGGAGCGGCAAGCCAUGCGCUCGGUGCGAUCGCUGUCGGUAAUCUCAAUCACUAUCUCCCCUUCAUACUGAACGAAAUCGAGGCACAACCGAAACGCCAAUACCUUCUGCUACAUUCGCUGAAAGAAGUAAUUUCGUCGCUGUCGACCAGCAAGGCCGGUCUCGAGCAGCUACUGCCGUCAGUUCCAUCGAUAUGGACGCAGCUGUUCAAGCACUGCGAAUGCUCGGAGGAAGGCUCACGAAACGUGGUGGCCGAAUGUUUAGGUAAACUUGUACUGGUUAACCCGGAGGAACUGCUACCACGGCUACAGAUGGCACUGCGAAGUGAGAGUGCCCUCAUGCGUACCGCCGUUGUAUCCGCGAUCAAGUUUACUAUCUCCGACCAGCCCCAGCCGAUCGAUCCACUGCUGCGGCAAUGUAUUGGUCAGUUCUUGUUUGCCCUGCAAGACCCGGAACCGUCGGUGCGGCGCGUAGCUUUGGUCGCAUUCAACUCGGCCGUUCACAAUAAGCCAAGCUUGGUACGUGAUUUACUGCCCGAACUACUGCCGCAGCUCUACUCGGAGACAAAGGUGAAGAAGGAACUGAUCCGUGAGGUAGAAAUGGGCCCAUUCAAGCAUACCGUAGACGAUGGGCUAGAUAUCCGGAAAGCGGCCUUCGAGUGUAUGUACACGCUGCUUGAACAGGGACUGGAUCGUGUAGACAUUAUGCAAUUCCUCGAGCACGUGCAGGCGGGCUUACGCGAUCACUAUGAUAUUAAGAUGCUCACGUAUCUCAUGACCGCCCGGCUGGCCGCACUCUGCCCGAAUGCUGUGCUUCAAAAACUCGAUCAAUUCGUAGAACCACUUAGAGCUACCUGUACGCUAAAAGUGAAGGCCAAUUCGGUGAAACAGGAGUACGAAAAGCAGGAUGAAUUGAAACGAUCUGCGCUACGCGCAGUGGCUGCUCUGCUACAAAUACCCAAGGCUGAUAAAAAUAUAUACUUGGCAGAGUUUUUAAUUCUGAUCCGCAGUUCAUCCGAGCUACAGCCACUUCUCGAAUCGGUCCAAAAGGACUCGUCCGGACAGACUAAUAACAAUAUCGAUGGGCGUGAUUCUUCCAUGGAUCAGAGCUAGGUGGAAAGGACAAAGAAACGCAAGGUGGAUGGUGAACAUAAGUAGUCAGGAUUAAGUGUAACUCACUGUUUGCUGCAUGUUGGUCGCUUACCGUUUCCUUAUCCUGUUUGUUCGUUUUCCCUUCGCCAUCCUUUCCUUGGUGGUAUUAAGCGAUACUGCAGUGGGGUGUUUUUAGAUGAUCCCGGACCCGGAUCCUCUGUAAAUCUUUAAUACAAACUACGAUCAUCCAACAACAUGUUAGGUGCUUGCAUUAAUUUUGAUCAUUUUGUCGUUUACUAUGGAACAGCGCUAAUUAGCCUAAACAAUUUGUCCUUUUUUACCAGCGUUUUGGUAAGGUACCGUGAUGAUGGUGUAUCGGAAUGGCUACAAGGUGUCGCCAUAAACGUCUUCUUCAUUUCAUUCGCGGAUAAGGUGUGAUAAAUUAAUAUCACGUUUCGCAAUGGAUUCUUAUAACUUGUGCUUGAUUUACUUCCAAUAUGUCUUUUAUCAUCAGUAGUUGAACUUUGUCAUUGUUCCGAUUUUUAUUUUAUUCUUAAGGUCAUACAUAUCUCUUUGAAAUCGAUGAAAUUAAAACUUCCAAAUAAGAAAUGGCGAAGCUUCAAGAUCUUUAAUUUACCAUCAUUAUUCAGUGCAUGAAUCGGAAAUGUUGUUUCGAACGUUUGCUGAUACAUGAUUUUCUGUUACACCGGUACCCUGAACGAGGUUUGCACUAGCUAACGGAUAAGCGUUAGACUAAGCAUCUUAUGGAUGGUAUAUCCGCAAUGUCCAUACAAUCAUCGUAGACAUGCACAAUUCAAUAGUAGAACAAACAAUUAAACAAAUAAGUCACCGAUCAACAUUAAUGCAGCGCCCUAAUAUACGGUAAAGUAAAACGAUUUAGAGGAUAAGGUUCAUGAAAUAUGCAAAAUUUCCGACGGUGGCAUACAUAUACGUAUUCGUACAGGGAAGGAGCUGUCUGAUACCUUUAAAAUAUGCAAGAAUUAGUUUGCUGUUUGCACCAUGUCAAAAGUGAGGCUUUUUAUUUCAAGAAUCGCAAUAGGAUCGGAUGAGAAAGAAUAAUAAGAUAAAACAUUUACAAACCGACACAACUGCGACCUUUCAUAUAUUGUUGCUUUGAAAUCUUAUUUUACUUUUUUUCUUAUGUAAAAUGACAAAAAUAUACGUACGUCUGUGCUACGCUUAUUAAAACGUUUCGAAAUGUCGGGUGCUGCGAAUUGAACGAACUGUAACAUUACAAAUUAAUCGUCUGUCCCAUAUCCCGCCUUGCUGUGGAAGUGUUGUGGUACAGAUCAGACUAUACGAAGACUCGAUCAUUUCCGGUUGAUACUGGAACAAAUUACUGGCAAGAAAAAUGGAAAAAAGAAUACAUUGAUUGCAACAUUAUGAAUAAAUGAACAUCAUUAAUUGACAGCAAAAA